AUGGCGACCGUUCUGUUACAAGCGGCCGAGCGGCCGUCAGCGUGCGCUGAGGUCAACAUGACUAGCCAGUACGCAAGGCAGCCUGGCAACACGGACGAUCUACGCGGCGUGGCCGCGGACAGUGUUGAGGCGUCCCAGGAGCCUGCGUCCGACAUCCGAUGCGUGGCCGCUUCUUUAGAUGACUCCAACGCUCUUGCUCCAUUCGGGAGCCAGCCGUGUCACGGCAUCAGCACGUAUUCGGGUGCUGCGAGUUGCGGCGACGGGGAAGUAGUCCGGGACGAUGACCAGGUGGACGAUACUUCAACAACAUCGCCAACUCCAUUAGUGAAGGCGCAGGCGACUUCCCCAAUGAGCUCCUCUGGAAUUCUGACUCCCCAAUUGGACCCAAGCAGCUGCAUCAGCACUCCUCCUCACGAGGAAGCUGGUUCGAGGUUCCUGCCGCCAGGUCUUACAACGGAUCAACUGUGGAACUUCGUCGUUAACGUUUCGGGCGACACAAAACCAGAGGGCGUUGCCGGAAAAGCCUGGCAAAAUACAAGUUGUGACGAACAUCGGGAAGCAUCGUGCCGGGCCCUCGUCGCAUCGACAGAUUCGCUGAAUGCACCCUCCGUGCCGUAUGAGUUAGCAGAGCCGGAAGUUGAAGAGACACAAGGCUUCCACUCGCACAGCACGUCUAGUGCGCUUUUUGACAGCGCUCUUUUUGAUGGAUCCGCAUCGCGAGUUGAAACAAUUGGCAGCCGUGUGGGGCUGUAUCGACGUCCGCAGCUACGCAGACCGCACCGAGACGGCGAUUGCUACGCGCGGCAGUAUCCUCAACGCUCACCCCUCUCACCCGAUUGUGUCGCCAGAUUGCCAAUGCCUCCGCCUGUGUCCCGGGCAACUCGAAGCACCGCGAAACGCUCUUUACCCGCUGAAACGACAUGUCCCGGGGCGCCGAAGGACACCAGCAUACCUUCGUUACCAGCGCUGAAGCGCCGAAGAGGAAGUCAAGAUAGCGGGAAAGGAAAUGCCAUGGCUUGUCCUCCUCGCGAACUCGGCGCUCUGUUACAUGUUCUGGCAGAGCAUGCCAAACAGGUCGCGCAUUCUCCGGAAGGAGCUGUUCCGGCGGUGUUGGACUGUUCCUUCUGGAAGGAGUUACAGGAACAGAUGUCUGCGUUUGCCAGUCAAGAGCGCAAAGCUUCUGCGACGAGUGACAAGCGCAGCUGCCCGCCACAGUUCCUUUCCCGUGUCCGCGUUGCGUGUUCGACAUGUCCGGUUAUCCCACAUCCAAAUCAAAACGCCAAAAAACACAAGAAGAGACACCACGAUCCAACGCGGCCGGGUCUUCCGUUGCCGUCCCCUCGGUGCGUGCCCAAAUUCUUAACAGUGCCGCUGGCCGCAUACCGUGUGCCCGCCUUCCGCCAGUAUAUCUACCAAUGGAUUGCCAGUCAAGCCGGAACACCGGUAGAAACAUUGGAGAGGCUGAGAGAAAACUCUUCUGAGGAGGUGCCGCCACUGCCACUUCCGCGAGGGCUCUUUUUCUCAUCUCGCGUCACCGAUCGCAUGAACGCCGAAGAAGAGGCACAGCUUUUCUUCACUGGCUAUGUGCCUUCCGCUGGAGAAGAAGCAAGUGCUGCUCUGGAGCAGCAGGAUAACCAUGUACGUGCUGAGGAGGCGAAGGGUAUGCCCACGACGGACGAAUUCUCUGAGGAUUCAGUCCUAGCUGGGCGUACCGCGUUCUCCUUUGGUGGAGUCUACACACAAUGCAAGCUACGCGCAACGUGCGCUAGAGACGGCGUUUACUACGAUCGAGAGGGAUGUUGCUGGAAGGCUACAGUUCAGCGACGAAACCGUGCCGUUUCGAGAAGAUUCAAACCGCGAUGCUCUCAACCAGAGAGACACCCGCAAGAUAUCCUUUAUGAGCGAGUCACAUCGGCCUCGAUGACGCUACGAGAUGGGCAUCAUACUGCGAGCCCCGGGGCAACCACUGCAGAACUGUACUACGAUUGGGUGAGCAAGCACUUCAAGGAGGUGUGUCAGUUUCUUGAGUCCACCCCAGCGCCGCCGCCAGAAAAUCAAGAAUCAUCCACAGCUGGUACCAAUGGAGAUUCGAGAGUGCCUGCGAAAGGAGGCUCGCACGCGACUUCUUCAGUUCGCUUUGCGCCGCAGUCGGGUACUCCUCAAUCAAAAGCAGCAGGUCGGCCUGUGUCUUCUACAUCAUGUAGACUAAUAAAUACUUCCAUCGUGGAGAACACCAACAUACUCGCGCAAUUGAUGGAGCCCCUGAACAGGCGAGAGGCUGGGACGCUGCACGAAGUCGAGCAACGUAUGGAGAUGGACCAAAUCCCCUUCGUCUCCCACUCUGGACUAUCAGACUCUCAUGAACAAUCGGAGAACUCCGUUUGCUGUCCCGAAGUUCUGGAGCGGCACUCGGUGUUGCGGCAGUGUCAGCGCCUUCUCACAAGUCAUCGCCGGCAGCUUUCCGAUCAUUUGUUGUCUCAGAGAGUAGCAUCGCUGCAGAGCUCUCCCACAUCGCGCCGUGCUUGCCCUGAUAGUUCCCUGCCAUUACCACGGCCGAAGGAACCAGAGCAAACCCAUCAACCGAGUCAGCUGUCGGCAGCCGGCCACGUCGUGCAGAAACUCCAGGAAAUGAUUCGCGACACGUUGGGAACAGUGUCGACCCCGCCUGCAGGGAAUGGCUCGUCUCGGUACCUCGGGCAGAUCCGAUUGUUACAACAGUUACGUAAGCACCACCAGGACAUGCAGCGCCUGAUCAUCAAUACGGCUUCAGGCGCCGAAAGGCAGGAAAGAGGUUGCGUCCCGGGGGACUGA